AUGCGCUGGCCUUUUUUGGACCUCUCUGCGACGGCGCUUCUAUCGACAGCAAGUCACGCAUUCUCGGAGACGCGUGGAUCCCAGCGAUACGCGGCGUCGACGCAGUGCUACAUCCUGUAUAUGAUAGGAUAUGUCGAGGGCCACUGGACGACUUGA